AUGUAUCGUGAAGCUAAUCUCGCUCUCGGUGACAUUAUCAAGGUGACUCCAUCUUCCAAAAUAGUCGGCGAUCUGGCGCAGUUUAUGGUGCAGAACAAUCUUACACGCGAGACUCUAGUUGAUCGUGCUGACGACUUGUCCUUCCCCAAGAGUGUUGUUGAUUACAUGCAGGGUAAUGUAGGCCAACCUCCUUAUGGGUUCCCAGAGCCUCUUCGAACGAAGGUUCUUCGUGGAAAGCCUAAGGUGAAAGGAAGAGCUGGUGAAAACAUGCCUCCUAUGGAUUUCGAAAAAGUAAAGAAAGAGUUGGAGGAAAAGCAUGGAAGACCUCUGAGAGACCAGGACAUUAUGUCUCAUGCUAUGUUCCCUGCAGUAUUUGAAGAAUUCGAACGGUUCCGAGCCGCCUAUGGGCCAGUGGACAAACUUCCUACAAGGAUAUUCUUCACGGGAUUGGAUAUUGCUGAGGAAGUUGACGUUGAAAUCGAGAAAGGAAAGACACUCGCUAUCCAACUUCUGGCUGAAGGAAAAUUGAACGCCAGGGGUGAACGUGAAGUAUUCUUCUACCUCAACGGUCAGAUGAGGAGUAUAUUUCUUCAAGAUAAAGAAGCUUCAAAGGAAAUAAUCACACGACCAAAGGCUCUCCCUGGUGUGAGGGGCUCUAUUGGUGCUCCUAUGCCUGGAGAGAUUCUCGAACUGAAGGUUAAAGAAGGCGACAAGGUUUCCCCAAAGCAACCACUGUUCGUGCUGUCAGCCAUGAAGAUGGAAAUGGUCAUUGAUACACCUAUCGCCGGUACUGUAAAGCAGAUUUACCUCCCACAAGGAACUAAAUGUGCAGCAGGCGACCUCGUUGUUGAGAUCGAGCCGUGA